CACAAGGGUGGGGAUGAGAAUCGAUCUCAGGAUCACCUGGAACCGGGAUGAAAGCUCUAACCAACUGAGCUAUCCAUCACUCUCAGGAGUAUAUAAAUACGUAACACAUACAAGUAAGAUUAUCAUAUUUCAUUAAAUAUAUAUAUCUUCAUUGUUUAGUAUGUAUCCUACAAAAAACUAAAAACUUCUUUUAUAUAUAAUUUCCUAGUAAAAAAUAAUAAUAAUAAUGGCAAAAAUACCAUUAAUAUGUCUUGAAAAUAUCAAUGAAUAUGUCUUAAACCAAGGACAUGGUGUUAAGGGUCUAGCUGAUAUGGGCGUUAAGUGUUUGCCUAAACAAUAUAUCCAUCCACAAGAAGAGAGGUUUUUUACUAGCAACAACGAUGGUACUGGUGAAGAUGGUUCCAUCCCCAUUAUCGACAUGUCGAAUUUAGGUGACCAUACAAUGGAAACCCUAAUUUGUAAUGCUGCAGAAAAAUGGGGAUUUUUCCAAAUUAUUAACCAUGGGGUGCCUCUUAAAGUGUUAGAGGAUGUUAAGGUUGCGACGUAUCGGUUUUUCGAGUUGUCUGCCGAGGAGAAGAGCAAGUAUUUGAAGGAGAAUUCUCCUACAAGUUGUGUGAGAUAUGGCACUAGCUUUGUUCCUCAAGUUGAGAGGGCUUUGGAGUGGAAGGAUUACCUUAGCCUCCUUUUUGUUUCUGAGGAGGAAGCCCUUGCUCUUUGGCCUCUUGCAUGCAGGGCUGAAGCAUUGGAAUAUAUGAAAAGCUCUGAAAAUGUCAUAAGGAAUCUAGUUAAGAUCCUAAUGAAGGGAUUAAACAUCCAUGAUAUUGAUAUUGAUAUUGAUAUUGAUGAGAAAAAAGAAUCCCUAAUAAUGGGUGCGAAAAGAAUCAAUCUAAACUAUUAUCCAAAAUGCCCUAAUCCAGAGUUAACAGUUGGAGUAGGGCGACAUUCGGAUGUAUCAACCCUAACCGUACUUCUCCAAGACGACGUGGGCGGGCUAUAUGUUCGAGGGUCCGGGGCCGAAGCCGAGAGUUGGAUUCAUGUAGCUCCUAUGAAAGGAGCACUUGUAAUCAAUAUAGGAGAUGCACUUGAAAUACUUAGCAAUGGUAAGUAUAAGAGUGUGGAACAUCGUGUGACUGCGAAUGGACGUAACAAUAGAGUUUCGAUACCAAUAUUUGUGAAUCCAAACCCAAAUCUUAUAAUUGCUCCACUCCAAGAGUUGAUAGAUAGAGGAGAGAUGCCCAAAUAUAGAGAGCUUCUUUACUUGGAUUAUGUCAACUACUUCUUUCAAAAGCCUCAUGAUGGUAAAGCCACCAUCGAAUUUGCUAAGCUUUUCAAUUAAUUAUAACUAGUUUAAUUAAUUACACACUAAAAUAAUUGAUCCAUCGAUUGUGUGUUUUUCAUUGUAAUAAUUGAUCGAUUAUUAUGUGUUUUCAUUGUAAUAAUUAAUCGAUUGUGUGUUUUUCAUUGUAAUAAUUAAUCGAUUAUUGUGUGUUUUUUUUCCC